AUGAAGCUUGUUGGUCGUCUUUGUCUGUCGUUCCUCUUGGGGCUUGCCUCUUCCUAUCCUGUGGACUACACCACGCCCGCGCCCUUUUGCGACUGCGCAGGAACGAAAGCCGAUCCCAAUGCCACGAUCCCAUACAUCUGCGGUGAUCCCCGUUUAGGGCCCGCAGAUUUACCAGAGAUCAUGCCUCUCGUGAACACUAUCUCGAACUACGACCGCUUCGGUGGCUUGAGUCCAGGAGAGUUUCUCACCAAGUGGACCGAUGCCGAAGGUAAAUACGUUUACCCACCCCAAAAUGGCUUUCAAUUGGAUGCCAAUGGCAAUGCCAUCAAUGGUUCCAUGAUCCUAGAAGCUGGCACAUUUGUCGAUCGAUUCGGCAGUGAGUAUGGGACCUACGUCUCAGCCGCAUCUGCGCCGUACUCACAGAGGGCGCUUCCCCCUUCCAGCCUCAACACUCAACCAUCUGCGCCAGAUUUCCCUUACGGUUACCAUGUUUAUCAGGUAGUCAAGCCCCUUAAGGUUCUUGGAGGCCCCAUCGCCCCUUGGUUUGGACAGCCUGGAUUAGGCGCUCAGUUUUACACCGGCGGCAUCGGCAAUGUCUUGGCCUUGAUUGAAGGCGGUUACUUGCAGAGGGCAGAUACAUCAAGCCAAAUUGGCGACAAACAAGGGUGCGGGCAGUGA